GCUCUGUUAUUGGCUAAUACAGAUAGGCUACAGGAAGUCAGAUUGAAUGGAGUAGGAAACUGAAGCCACGCGUUUCGGGAUGGUGCGUUAUAAAUCCAGGUAUCUGCUUUGUGAGUUGUGCGUGUCAGACCAAAGUAGCUUGCAGCUGUUGGAUGAACGAGCGGUGUUCGCAGCAGUGAGGGGAGCAGUGUCUUCGGCACACGGGGACUACGGGUCUGCACUCUGCAGUGCCUCUUUUGCAGUGAAAUAUCUGAAUGCCCACACUGGAGUGGUAUUCCUGCGCUGUCGCAAGAGCCACUACAGGGUCCUCUGGUCUGCGUUACCCUUCAUUACCAGUGUGGAGAGCCGAGGCCAGAGAGUCCCCUGCUUCUUCAACUGCCUGCAUAUUGGAGGGACGAUUCGCACGUGUCAGAAGUUCUUGAUCAGAUACAACACUCAACAGCUCCAUCGCAUGCUCAGGCUGUGCCACAGUGAGGCGGAGAGGUUAGAGGUUCGCAAGGCCGUGCUGAGUUGUUCUCUGAAGAGUCUUGAAAAAGAGGAAGAAGCAGAAGAUGGAUAUGGGGAUGAAGAAGUCUGAGGGGAAAGUUAAACUACACCUACAUACUGGUAGUAUUGCAGCAUGGGCUGUACCUUGUGCUGGUUGAUAGCAAGUGCCGCAAGAAUAAUGUAUAGUGUACAUGCUCAUAAGUGUUCUUAUACUGUAUUACUUUGUAAUGUCCAGGAAAACAUGCUGCCCUGCAGUUCACUGCAGCACCCUACCUAUCAGAGCUUAACAUUGUGCAGGUGAUUUGACCAUCUCGGAUGGGUGGGAGAGUAUAUCCAUUCUUGACUUUAAGCUGAGAUGUACAGAUUCUUGGGACUUGAACAUUUCAUAGUUUUGUUUAAAGAAUAAUAUGAUAUUGUAUGUAGUAGUGAUGACAUAUGUAAGAUGAUUUGUAUAAUUUAAGGAUAGUUUAUUUUUAUUUUUUAAACUAUGGCUAACAGCUGUUUGGCUCUGUGACUGUACCAGAAACAUUGACUUGCAUUUUAUCUACUCUGUAUUGUGAAUAAAGAAAAUGAGCACUAA